AUGGACCACCAUGGAGAUCGAAAUGAGAAAACCCCCUCCCACACUCUUUUGACAGAGUCCGGACGACUUGAGGAGCUACAUACUGUUCUCGACAAUGGCGAUGAAACGACAUCCUCUUCAGCCAAGCAAAGCACACAUAUCGGAGACAAAAAAUCAGAUGUGGAGAAAAGUAUCUCCCUUGGAGAAUACGUGGACAACUCAGACGUAACCGAGAAGAUUGAGAGUAAAAAGGGGGAGGCUCAAAAUACCGCAGUGAUGCCCAAUGAGCAGGAGAAAGAUCCCAACCUCGUCGGAUGGGAAGGCGAAUUGUAUGGCCGUCGAAAACCGCUCUUCGUCGGAUACUUCAUCUUUGCAAUUUUCCAAAUUCCCGUCGCUGUCGCCCGUAACGUCGAAACAAUCAUGCUCUUUCGAUUCCUCCAAGGCGUCUUCGGCGCUUCAACGAUGGCUAUCAUCGGGGGUGCGCUCGCCGACUUCUGGGGCCCCGUGGAGCGAGGACUUGCACUCGGGCUAUUCACCGGAGCAGUAUUUAUUGGGCCAGUAGCAGGUCCAAUUGCAGGUGGCUUCAUCGUCAUGAACAACAACCUAGGGUGGGGAUGGACGGCAUGGAUGACAUUCAUCCUAGCAAUUUCCUUCUGGCUUAUUGCACUCUUCAUAUGCAGCGAAAGCUACGCCCCUGUCAUUCUCCAACAAAAAGCGCGCCGGCUCCGCUUCGAGACGAAGAAUUGGGCUCUACAUGCUCCGGCUGAUGAACAGCAGGUGGAUCUCCGAAAUAUCGCCCAGCGAACCUAUCUUGCUACUUAUUACUCUCUAUAUGGAUUUAUUUAUGGUGUUGUUUAUCUAUUUUUUGAAGCCUACCCCGUGGCCUUUCAAGAGCAACGGCAUUGGAAUCUGGGUGUUGGGGCACUCCCCUUCUUAGGUAUCACCGUCGGUGUUAUGGCCGGUGUGGCUGUUGUAGUCUACACAUCACAAACCCGCUUCAAACGCAAAAUGCUCGCUAAUGGCGGUAAACCUAUUCCCGAGGAGCGUCUUCUGCCAAUGAUCCUCGGGGCCAUUCUCCUCCCCAUCGGGCUCUUCUGGUUCGCAUGGACAAGCAGUCCAUCUGUGCAUUGGGCGGCCCAAGUCCUCGCCGGCAUCCCGAUUGGCUUGGCUGUCGAGCUCGUCCUCCUACAAGGCAUGUCCUACAUUAUCGACGUCUACCUCAUGUAUGCCAAUUCAGCUCUUGCCGGCAACACCUUUGUCCGCAGCUUGUUUGGAGCUGGCUUUCCAAUGUUCGCAGCAGCAAUGUUUCAUAGCUUGGGUGUGGAUUGGGCAACAAGUGUGCUGGGGUUUAUAAGUAUUGCAUUCUUACCUUGUCCGCUGUUCUUCUUCUUCUAUGGGAAGAAAAUAAGGAGUUGGAGUAAAUAUAGUCCGAAGACGUGA